AUGAUCAAUCCAGGAUUUAUCAAUAAAUUUGAUCAAUUGUUAGGACAUAAAUCGAUUCCUUAUCAUAUCGAAGUGAACGAUUAUGCACAAUAUUUACAAAGCAAAAAAGAAUUGGUAACAAGAAGAAGUGAGCUAUUUGGUGAAGAAAGGCGAUUUUGGGAUGAUAAUAUCAGAAAUUCAAAUACUUUCCUGGGUGAUUAUCAUUCCUAUGAUCAAAUCAUUUAUUGGUUAAAAAAUUUGGAAUGGCAACAUCAUAAUAUUGUAACAGUUAAAAGUAUUGGUAGCACAGCUGAAAAAAGGAUCAUCUAUGGGGUUAAGCUUGGUACCAAGGAUAGCAACUCAAAACCAGUAAUUUGGAUUGAUGCCGGUAUUCAUGCUAGAGAAUGGGCGGCUGUUCAUACUGCAUUGUAUUUAAUUAAACAACUAAUUACCGAAUAUUAUUCAAAUCCAAAAAUUGCGGAAUAUUUGAAACGGUUUGAUAUUUAUAUCUAUCCAUGCCUGAAUCCGGAUGGUUAUGAAUAUACUCGAUCACAACCAAACGAUCCAUCCAUUCGAUUGUGGCGUAAAAAUCGUGGAACAAGAAAAUAUUAUUUAUGGGAAAAUGGCAAAAAAUUGUAUUGUCGAGGAGUUGAUUUAAAUCGAAAUUUUGCCUUUCAUUUUAGUGAAGUUGGAUCCAGUUCUUCACCAUGUUCAAAUAUUUAUCAUGGCAAUCAUGCAUUUAGCGAACCGGAAACAAAAGCUGUACGUGAUGCUAUUUUACCAUUACGUAAACGGAUAAAAGCAUAUAUAACAUUGCAUACUUAUUCGCAACUAUGGAUUUAUCCAUAUUCACAUACAUCAAAUGCAUAUUCAUCUGAUAUUAAAGAUUUACGUGCAGUUGCAAAAGAUGCUGUAAUUUCAUUAAUGAAAUUAUAUGGGACAAAAUAUGAUUAUGGUACUGGACCUGAAGUUAUAUAUGCAUUUUCUGGUGGAUCAUCGGAUUGGGUUAAGCAAGCAACAAAUGCGAAGUAUUCAUAUACAGUUGAACUACGACCUUCAGGAUCAUCAAAAAAUGGUUUUAUUUUGGAUAAACGAGAACUUAUACCAGUUGGUAGAGAAACAUAUGAAGGUAUCAAAGUGGUUAUUGAUAAAGUGAUUGCAGAAAGUAAGCAAAAACCUGGUAAACUUUUAUAUGUUAACAAUUUGCAUAUUACAAAUAAUAUUACAACUAUUUAA